UGAACUACACGCCCCACAAUGCAAGGGCCGCUUUGUUGCCGGAAAGCCCUAGACCAAGAUGCACGAAAGCAAUGUGGAGAGCUCACCGGCUAAAGAUGGCCGUGUGGAUGCGGCAGCGGAGAUGCAGGCGAGGGGUGGUAUACAGCCCUCGGCGCCGGAUGGUUCGGACGUGGGGUCACACUUCCUGCAGGUGGAGCUGGAGCUGAACGUCCGGCUGAGGCAGCUGACGUUUCCGGAGCCGGUCCAGUACACGUACAACCCCCUGGAAUACGCGUGGAACACGCACUGCAACUACGUCAGCGCCUACUGCCACGGCAACCAGAGCGUCCUGUUCUUGGGCAUGAAUCCAGGGCCCUUCGGAAUGGCACAGACCGGGGUCCCUUUUGGGGAAGUGAGCUCUGUCCGUGAUUGGCUGAAAAUCUCUGGAGAGGUGGGCCGUCCGCCUGAGGAGCACCCGAAGAGGCGAAUCACGGGGCUGUCUUGCGCACGGAGUGAAGUGAGCGGAGCUCGGUUCUGGGGACUGUUCCGUAAACUGUGCGGGGAGCCUCACGUGUUCUUCAAACACUGUUUUGUGCACAACCUGUGUCCCCUGAUGUUUGUGAGCGGCAGUGGCAAAAACCUGACACCGCCCGAGCUGCCGGCCGCGGUGCGUGACGCCCUUCUGGCCCGGUGUGAUGACGCCCUAUGCCAGGUGGUGCGGGUGCUGGGUGUCGCCACGGUGAUCGGCGUGGGGAAGGUCGCCGAGCAGCGUGCCAGGCGAGCGCUAGCGGCCGCUGGCCUGCAGGUACGUGUUGUGGGACUCAUGCACCCCUCACCCCGUAACCCCACGGCUAACAGGAACUGGGAGGGCGUGGCCAUAGCCAGGUUAGCAGAAUUGGACAUCAUGAAGCUGCUUACUCCAUAGCGCCCUCUAUUUGCGUGGAAGACUCAAUCACUCAAAUGCUGCUGGAGUCCUAUCUAAUUGGAGAAAGCCAUUAUGGGAAUUGCACCCUAGAGCCAGUAUCUCCAUGCUCCUUUUAGUCUGUACUCUGUGGGAGGACUUACAGGUUCCAUCCUUUGUUACUGCUCCCGCCAUGAGUUGGUGUUGAGUGUCUUGGCUGCACCUUUACAUCCCGGAACAUCAUGUCAACAGAUCUGCAAACUUAUUGGGAUCAGACCUAAAACCGUGGUCAUUUCCAGCAAAUCACAAAACAAGUCUGUGGGGGCCUAAUUUCUGUUUGGGUCUUCAGCAUAUCAGCCUACCUCAAGGACACUUUGUAGACACGAUGGAGCUAGUUAGCAAACAUGCUACGUUCAUUUUCAAAGAGUAGUUUCUUUGCUCUUACUUAUAUGGAGAGGAAUUCCUCCCAAAAAAGCUGUUUAGGUUUUUUUCAUCCAUACAGUUCAAAAGGAAACUGUAUUGAACCUCUGUAAAAAACGAUUUAUACGUCUGCAAACUGUCUUUCUGCCCUUACUGGCACCAUUCACAUUCACUCAUGCUUGUCCUGUCGAGAUGUGUUCAGCGUUAAAACGACCAACCUUUUUGUGGUACCGGAACGUGAACGGUGCUAUUAACCUUUGGGAUUUCUGAUCCUUGUCUUUGGUUCUCUCAAAUGUCUAAGAAAGGGGAAGAAAAGGAGGCACCAUCUGAAUGUUGUGCUUCUCGUACCAGGAAAACUAGUGAGAAAGUGAUCAUUUUAUUAGUUGUUAGAAGUAAACAUUGGGUGUCAAUUCUUAUUACACAGGGCAUAAAAAGGAAAAAGAAACAACAGCGUAUUUGUGGUUUAAUAAAAAUCCAACAUGCGCUGUAGAUGGAAAGAAAAAAAAAACAUUGCAUAUAAAUUAGACCAAUUCAUCUCCAGCCAGGCAGGUAGGCAACACUAAAGAUAAAAGCACUGGACAGUAAAUAGCAUUAUAAUCCUUUGUUUCACAAUAGAUGUUUCUGUUUUCAGCCCAGGUAUUUUUUUCUGUGGGUCAACCAUCUGCAUGGGCUUAAUAAAGGAUGCUGCAAUAUGUGCUGUAUUUACAAUGGAUGCAUUAAAACGAUUUUACUAUAUGCUAAA